AUCGCUCACCUCAACUCAAGCUCCCGGCGUUUUUCUUUCAGUGAUGACAAGAGCCGAGUAGCAAACUGUGGCCGCAUGCAGAUGUAUUUAUAAAGAUAGUUGACUCGUGUGCAUUAAUUGACUUAGUUAAUUAUGAUUAGGGACUUCGGCAGCGACGUGGGGAACAACUUGUUGCGCAGCUGUCAGGUCAGCUGGUCGCGGCUGUGACGGAGCGCAGACCUGCAGCCCUCGGUAGGUGAAGCAGAUGCAGCACUCUCACUUUGCCCUCAGAGCACAUGGAUGGAUGAACUGACAGAGCUGCUGGGGACUACAUGCAGAAGCUUUUACACUCGCAUGUGGACACUCCUGGGGCGUGAUUUUUAAUUAUUACCCCUCCACCCCCCACCCCCCCUUUCCAAGUGCUUUCUAAUUUCCUUCACAAACAGAACAUAUGAUGAAGUUCAAGCCCAACCAGACGAGGACAUACGACGGCGAAGGUUUCAAGAGAAGAGCGGCCUGUCUGUGUUUCAGAAACGAGAAGGAGGACGAGGUGCUGUUGGUGAGCAGCAGUCGGCAUCCGGACCAGUGGAUUGUACCAGGAGGAGGAAUGGAGCCUGAUGAGGAGCCCUGCGGAGCCGCCGUCAGGGAGGUUUACGAAGAGGCUGGUGUAAAGGGAAAACUUGGCAGGCUACUUGGUAUAUUUGAGCACAAUCAGGACAGAAAACACAGGACUUUCGUUUAUACCCUCAUUGUGACGGAGACGCUGGAAGACUGGGAGGACUCUGUCAACAUUGGGAGGAAGAGGAAAUGGUUCAAGGUGGAUGAAGCCAUCAGAGUGCUGCAGAGCCACAAGCCUGUCCAUGCAGAAUACCUACGCAGACUCUCCGACACCUGUAAUCCCACCUGCGGGUCCGUUUGCAGCCCAACCAACGUCAACACCCAAUGCUCUCGAGUGACAGAAAACAAUGCACCCUGCUACGUUUUUUGCGCUACACAGAACUCGGACAUCUUCAACAGAUAGGACCCCCAGCGUGCGGAUCUUCUUAGAGGACUCUGGGACGGAUUGUGUGAACUUAGAAAGACUUGAGGAUUGAUUGCAAUACUAACACACCAUUUUAAGAUGUACAGAAUUCACUUUGUGGAUUUCAAAUGAAAUCAGCGUGGGCCUGAAGAGUGGUGUAAAUAUAUGGAUGUAUUUUGCACAACCAUCAACGGCUUUGCAAGUAAACAUAUUCUUAUUUUAAUACAUUCAGAUUUGGGUUAGCUUUCCUCAUGCUGGUUAUACAAAGGUCUUAUAAAUUGAAUAUUUGCCUGCCAGUUCAGUUUGCCGGUGGGUUCCUAGAUGAUUGCUACUGGUAAGGGUUGUGAUUCUCAAGGUUUACUUUGCAGCAAGUGUAAACAACAUUGCUGUCGCUUCAAGUGCCACUUUACUAAUGCAGCACACAGUAUAAUCUAAUCAGUGGUUACACCGAAUGCUCCUUUAGAGAGUAAAAUAUAUUCAUAAAUGCCAGCACAAGGUGAAGCCUUAAAAUGCCUUGUCUGUGACUUUAUUUAAUGGUUGCGUUUGUAUAUAGAUUUAAUGUUUUUUAAAGUUAAUAUUAUGUUUGGGGGGGAUGAGGUCAUUGUCAAGUUAAAUAAGACUCUUUCAUCAUUGGACAGAACAGCAGUCAGGCAAAUGGGGACAUUCAAAAUGACAAAACACACUGAGUCUUUCACUAGAGGGAAUAUGUGCCACUGAGGAAGGACAUUUACUUACAAGGAAAUAAAUUCAGUUCACAAAUGCUCUGAGAAGACAGUAAGGAUUUUUAGAGAGAGGGGUGUCUCUUUUUCCUCAACUUGCUUUGAGAAGCACAACGAAGAGUGUACAUUUAAUGAACACUUUGCUCUUGGCACUGACUGGAAGGAAUACAGCCUUGGCUUUGAUAUCAAGUAAAAACAUUAUUUUGUCAGAUUAGAUUAUAAUUUAAAAUUGUUAUUUGAAUCAAAGUUGUGAACUAGACAAAUUAACUUUUAAUGGGAACUUCCCCACCCCUAUGGACGGGGAAAUCACAACAGGAAGUCUUGUCCGGCCCUUUUGACAACAUUUAGGAAAGUAAGCUCAAAUUCUUGUUCAGUGCCAGUGACCAGCAUUGGUCAUUUAAGAUGAAAAGCGAGACUAUUGAAUAACUUUUCUUUUUCUUUGUAUUACUGCAUGCGUGAAAAGUUAUAAUCUGCUGUGAUUCAUCCUGUACAUGAAAUGUUCAAAUAAAUUUGUUUAUUGAUUAUUAUUAUUCAAAUAUUUUUAUUGAUUUUUCAAUUGUAUUUACAUUAGAACUUGGUACCCCAGACAAAUAAAAUAAGUAAAAAUAAAU